AUGACUUCUAUGACAAAGUCUUCAGCCAUGGUGAUAACGGACCAUGGAACAAACAUAUCAUCGUUUUCAAGAUUACAAGAAACGGAAAAUGGCUAUGCUACAGUUUCAAGUGGUUGUUGCUCCCAAGAAGACAUCAACAUUUUGUCUGAGAAUGGUCGUCGGUGUCAAAUGGUAAAAAUUCUUUUGCUGACUCUUGUUCCUAUCCUUAUUCUGAGUGGUAUAACGUUGGUUGGCGUUAUUGAAAACACCCCUGAUUAUGCUGUGAAAAGCGCUAUACAGAACGGGAUCCAUACCAGCCUCGAAGUGGGAAGCAUUAUCCAUAGACUCCAAAUAGAACGUGGUGUUAGUGUUACUUACUUAAGUUCGAAUGGAGACUCUGUGGUAUACGAUAUGCUUUUAUCAGUAUAUGUGUUAACAGAUAAAGCUAUAGAAGAAGUUCCAGUAUGGCCGUCCAAUAAUGAUAUUUCAACUUAUUUUAAGUCAAAACUCGCCUACUCGAAACGAAUACUGAAAUUCCGCGAGUUAGUCAUGAAUAACAAUGUUACCUUGUUUCGGGUUAUUGAGUUGUAUUCUGAACUAAAUGCUGUUAUCAUUGAGUGGAUCGCUGGGGUUGUAAAUCUUGCAUUGACUGGACAGCUUUCGAGAUCAAUGAUUGCAUACCACAUGCUUUUGUUAGCUAAGGACGAGACGGGUGUAGAGAGAGCAAUUGGGAGCUCUUUCUUUGAAAAAGGGAAUUUUUCCAAUGACGAGCUGGUGGUAUACGUGGAGAAGAAAUUUAGUGCAUCUACUUACACAGCAUUGUCCAUGACCUACUCUUCACUUGUGUCGUCAAUGAUUAAAGACCGGUUUACUGGCAGUGAAUUACACAUACGUAUAACAGAAAUGAGACAACAUAUUAUUGACAAUGACAUAUCGAACCAUUCGUCUUUGAACUGGUUUGCCAACAUGACUUCAUAUAUCAACAUCCUGAAGGAUGUUCAGGACACCAUGGCAACAAAGAUUCUUUCAGCACUGAAGACAGAAUUGGAAAGCAACUACAAGGAUUAUUACAUAAGUAUUGGGCUUAUGGUGGGAGCAGUCAUUCUCUACCCACUUAUCCUUGUCGUGGUCUUCAAACUCACAAACAAGAUUCAGCUGGUUGCUAUAUCCCUGAGUGCCCAAACAGCACUUCUUAGGAAGGAGAGGAAGAGAAGCGAGGCUCUUUUGUGUGAAAUGCUUCCUACUACUGUAGCAAAGAAGUUGAUGGCAAAUGAAAAGGUUGAACCACGAAUGUACAAAUGUGCGACUGUAUUCUUCUCAGACAUCGUUGGUUUCACGACGAUUUGUUCCGGCUGCACUCCCCUGGAGGUUGUCGACUUCCUGAAUAUGCUAUACAACACAUUUGAUUCUAAAUUAGAGGAAUAUGAUGUCUACAAAGUUGAGACCAUAGGUGAUGCGUACAUGGUCGUGUCUGGAAUACCGGAACUUAAUGGAGACCGUCACGCGAAGGAAAUAUCGUUGAUGGCACUGGCUAUUCUCGAUGCCUGUUCUGAGGUAGAGGUUCCUCAUCUCUCUAGGGAAAAUAUCGGCCUUCAGGUCAGAAUUGGCAUAAAUACAGGACCAGUUGUUUCCGGUAUAGUUGGAAUAAAGAUGCCAAGAUAUUGUUUGUUUGGUGACACAGUAAACGUAGCAGCAAGAAUGGAAUCAACAGGACAACCUCAAAAAAUACAAAUUUCUGAGGCGACAGCGACUGCUUUAAAGAAAUAUGAUGGUUUCCAAACUCAGCGACGAGGAAUGAUAGAGAUCAAGGGCAAAGGGAAAAUGCUGACGUUCUGGCUGGAGAGGUCCAUUAGAAUAACCAGUCCUGGAUACAUGUUUAACAUGCAAUCGGCUUUGCCUAUUGUUGUUGUGGAAUAG